CCUUAAGAUAGGAAACGUGGUUAGGAAGGAGCACAUCAGGGAGCUUUGAGAACUGGCUGGUGAGGAUUGCAUGCACCCAGGAAUGCGAGGGUCAUUGCUUCUUCCAGGACUCUGCUUUCUGCUAAGCUUGUCAGGAGUCGUGGCUCGGAAAACCACAGGGACCUGUCACCUGUGCCCCCAAAAUGCUUACUGUGUCAAUGGCACUUACUGUACCUGCAACCAUGGAUACACAUCUGUAUCUGGACAGAUAUACUUCACUUUCCCCUUGGAGACUUGUAAAGAUAUUGAUGAAUGUAAACCACCCAUUAAUAUAUAUUGUGGAGUGAAUGCUAAAUGUCAGAAUACAGAAGGAAGUUUCUACUGUCACUGUAUCACUGGGUAUAGACUCCUCUCUGGGGAUGAAAAAUUCAGUAAUUCCAAUGAGAACACUUGUCAGAAAAUCACCCCCUCAAAUAAAACCAAAGACACAAAAGAGCUGCAACGUGUUGUUGAGAGGAUUGAAUCACUUCUCACCAACAAGACUCUAUGGGGAAUGGAAGAGAGAAGAAACAUUGCAUCCACCGCUACAUUUUUUCUCCAGACUGUGGAAUCGACUGUUCUGGAUACUGCCUUGAAAGCCCCAGACCUAAAAAUCCAGAAAGUCCAAAACAGAACACUGGCUGUUGAAACUCGAGUUGUUACAGACAACUGUUCCCAGGGAAUCAUGUUCAACUUGAAGGCCCAAAUGAACUCAAUGGAUAUCCACUGUGAUGACAUCAUCCAGGGAGACAUACAAGGUCCUAGUGCAGUUGCCUUCGUUUCAUUCUCUUCCCUUGGAAAUAUCAUAAAUGCAACUUUCUUUGAAGAAAUGAAUGAUAAAGAUCGAGUUUACCUGAACUCCCAGGUAGUGAGUGCUGCUAUUGGACCCAAAAGGAACACAUCUCUCUCCCAAUCUGUGAUUCUAAAUUUUCAGCAUGUGAAGAUGAAGCCGGGUAUCAAAAAGAUCUUCUGCGUCUACUGGAAAGGCACAAAGGAGGGCGGCCACUGGUCCACAGAGGGCUGUGUCCUGAUGCAAGCAAAUGAAACUCACACCACAUGUAGCUCCACCCAUCUGUCCAGUUUCGCUGUCCUCAUGGCCUUCCACAGCCAGAAGCAUGAUCCUGCACUAAAUGUGAUCACCUACGUGGGGCUGAGCCUCUCUCUGCUGUGCCUCCUCCUGGCAGCCCUCACCUUCCUGCUGUGCAAACCCAUCCAGAACACCAGCACCUCGCUCCACCUGCAGCUCUCCAUCUGCCUCUUCCUGGCCCACCUACUCUUCCUCACAGCCAUUGACCAAACAGAGCCCAAGGUGCUGUGUAGCAUCAUCGCAGGUGCCUUACACUAUCUCUACCUGGCCUCCUUCAUCUGGAUGCUGCUGGAGGGCCUGCACCUCUUCCUCACUGCACGCAACCUCAUGGUGGUCAACUACUCCAUUGUGAAUAAGUUCAUGAAGAAGCUCAUGUUCCCUUUAGGCUACGGAGUCCCAGCUGUGAUUGUGGCUAUUUCUGCAGCAUUCAAGCCUCAUCUUUAUGGAACACCUGAUCGCUGCUGGCUCCAUACGGACCAGGGAUUCAUCUGGGGUUUCCUCGGCCCCGUCUGUGCCGUUAUCUGUGUGAAUUUUGUCUUUUUUUUCUUGGUGCUAUGGAUUUUGAAAAGGAAGCUCUCCUCUCUCAAUAGUGAAGUGUCAACCAUCCAGAACAUAAGGAUGCUAACACUCAAAGCAACAGCUCAGCUCUUCAUCCUGGGAUGCACAUGGUGUCUGGGUAUCUUUCAGCUGGGCCCAGCUGCCCACGUCAUGGCCUACCUCUUCACCAUCAUCAAUAGCCUUCAGGGAUUCUUCAUUUUCCUGGUGUAUUGCCUCCUCAGCCAGCAGGUCCAAAAGUGGUUUGGAGAGAUCAUCAAAUCUAAAUCUGAAUCUGAGACUCAUACACUUUCCAGUAGGUUUGGUCCCGAUUCAAAAUCCAGUGAGAACAAGCAAAGGCAAAAAUAUUAAAAGCCAAAACAUUAAACUCCACAUGGAAAUUCAUGCCUGUGGAUCUGGUUGGCAUGAUGAAGAAUGAAAGUGGGAACAAGGAGAACCAUUACACAUGUCAUCCCUGGAGAGGACAUGUUUAACCUUUACUUCCUGAAGUGUUUAUUCUUCAUGAUGGGCUCUCAAUAAGUGUGUGUUCAAUUGGAUUUCUCUUCAUUAUGAUUUAUUUAAUCAUAAAUGAUUUAUAAAUGCUUGUUUCUGAA